CAAGGCUCUGAUCCCUCCCUCUAACCCAGCCGGCAGCCUAUAACCUCCGCGCUUCUCCGCCCAUUCCUCCACAGUUGAUUCUUCGGGAAGGCAUUGUCAUGCAAAUAAAGGACGCGUAAAACUAUUCCCCCGGAGCACGGCGCAGGGCAGAGACUCACAAGGACCGCGAGGAGGAGGAACACACGCAUCCCGGGGCCUCGCAAAAGUGGUUUAUCUGUCGCCACAACACGGACCCGUCCAUCUGACGCAGACGUCUGCAUGGCCACAUGAGCAGCCACAUAUAGCCAGGAAGCUGGUUGGGCCGUUGGAGGAAAGCCGACGGGGACGCAACAACGAGGAGGCUGCCCUUUGGUGAUUGUGGUCAUACUUCCAGUCUCCCCAGUGAAAUCGGAGGUGUCUCUUCUUCAUCUCCCUGUCCAGGCUACCUGCUGCUGCUGCUGCUGCUACUAGAGAAGGAAAAUUACACCCAGAGACUCCUGGAGCGCUCCUUGACACUUUUAUGUUUUAGGGGAUUUAGGAUUUCUCGAAUAUUAACGUUUUUGCACACCAGGUGUGCCGUUUUCCCUCUUGUCCUCUUUUUUGGGAUAUAUCCAGUGGCCCUUCCGCCGUUAAAGUGCCUUAAAACUGGGUGUAAUCCAGCAUAACUGUGGCACUGUUACCAGACCAGAGACGCUCGACACAGCUUUAGAGCCGAGGCAGGAUUAUUUCUCGUCCCCCCCCUCAAACUUCAGCGAGUUUGCCACCAUGAGCCAGGCGGAUGUGUCGACUUGCUCCGCGCCGCAGAGGGUCUUCCAGGAGGCAGUGAAGAAGGGGAACACCAAGGAGCUGCACUCGCUGCUGCAGAACAUGACAAACUGCGAGUUCAACGUCAACUCCUUCGGGCCGGAGGGACAGACAGCGCUCCACCAGUCCGUCAUCGACGGGAACCUGGAGCUGGUGAAGCUGCUGGUGAAGUUCGGCGCAGACAUCCGACUGGCUAACAGGGAAGGGUGGAGCGCUUUACAUAUUGCCGCCUUCGGGGGCCACCAGGACAUUGUGCUAUACCUCAUCACCAAGGCCAAGUAUUCCUCUGGGGCCCGGUGAUCUGUCUCUGCUGUCAGGGUUCCUGCUCAUUCUUCUUGUCACAACUCCACAAGUUUCUGGACUCACAUCAACACAGUUCUCAUUUUUGCAAAGUUCGCUCUCUACUUACUUCAGACAUUUUAUUUUAUUGAGGUCAAGCUUUGGAAAAGGAGACCUGCAAAAAAAA